UCAUUGCCCGGUCCAGAAGACGACGAGCCUCCAGCAGCCGUUAGACCGAGUCGCCCUCGACUUGGUGAGCGUCAGCGCUCCGCUUCCCAGUCUUGGCGGCAAACUCCCCAACGCAGAACCCUCACCCUCCAGGAGGAGGAGGACGUGGAGGAUGAAGACGACGAGGAGCCCACCCCUUUAUUUUGCAGAAGGACUUCGACCCCAACAUCCUCGUUUUCCAGCAGGGGGUCCCAAUGGCGACGCUCCACCUUAAGCAGCCUUGACUCUGCAAUUGACGUUGACGACCAGCAGUCUGAUCACGAAGCACAGGACGUCCCCAGACCUGGACGGAAGAGACCAAAACGGGGGCCUACUGCUACGGUAACUACAGUGGAGCCAGUGGCCUCAACCACCGCCGAGGAGAAGGAUACGGGGAAACGCGACAAGAAAAAGCACAAGAAACGCCACCGCCAGCCGCAACAGCAAGACGAGGCAGAAGAAGUCGUUGAGGCAAGCCCGCCGAAAAAAAAAAACAAGAAAAACAAAGAAAAGUACACGGGGGCCUGGGGGGCCUGGCUGGCCGAUCUGGCCAAGGAUCAGGAUCGACUCUACAACAAGUUAAAGAAUUAA